GGUGUCAGCGCUACUGCUGGAAAAGGCUGUCAGGGGAAGAUGCUGCUGGAUUUGUCCGAGGAGCAUAAGGAGCACCUGGCCUUCCUGCCGCAAGUGGACAGCUCGGUGGUCGCCGAGUUCGGUCGAAUUGCGGUGGAGUUCCUGAGGCGAGGCUCGAACCCCAAGAUCUACGACGGUGCCGCCAGAAAACUCAAUGUGAGUCGUGACACUGUCCAGCAUGGUGUGGAAGGAUUAACAUACCUCCUCACUGAAAGCUCAAAGCUCAUGAUUUCUGAACUGGAUUUCCAAGACUCUGUUUUUGUUCUGGGAUUCUCUGAAGAGUUGAACAAAUUGUUGCUUCAGCUCUAUCUGGACAACAGAAAGGAGAUCAGAACUAUUCUGAGUGAAUUGGCACCAGACUUCCCCAGUUACCACAGCCUUGAAUGGCGACUAGAUGUACAGCUUGCAAGCAGGAGCCUCAGGCAACAGAUAAAACCAUCAGUGACUCUAAAACUGCAUCUUAAUCAGAACGGAGAUCACAACACCAAAGUUCUGCAGACGGACCCAGCCACCCUGCUCCAUUUGGUUCAGCAGUUGGAACAAGCAUUGGAGGAGAUGAAAACAAACCACUGUAGGAGAGUUGUGCGCAAUAUCAAGUAGUCUCAGUUUUAAGAUUAAUUCCCUUUGAAGUGCUUGUGAAUUAAUGAUGUGCAGCAGUUACUUUUAAAAGCUUUUUUUAAUUAAUUGAUGAUAACUACAUAUAGAUUCUAUGAAAGUUCUUUUCCUAUCACAAGAUGUUAGGUCAUGUUCAAAGGCUAACGUAAAGUCCCUUUCCUGGUGCUAAAUGUGGUCACCUUUUUGACAAAUUAACAUGUAUUUUAUAUUUUAAAUGUGUAAAUAAGAUUGAAUCAACUGGAAAUGAAUCUCUACUGUUCAUGUUAUCUGUAUAUAUGAAUGCCUAUCUUUUCUUUAGUAGUUAUUUUGACUGCUUAACUUUGUUAUUUUCCUCCUCAUUGACCAAAAUGUGAAAAUAAAAUUCACAUUAUAAUAAUGUUUCUAGACAAUUCAGUGUUUUUGAUCUUUGAAAGCAACCCAUGGAUGUUAAAUAGCUACAGGAUAGUUGGAAAGACAUAUAAAAAUUUUAAAAUGCUAUAUUGUUUAGGCAGUUCAUGCAUUUUUCUUUGCAUGUGAAGAUAAGUACUUGCCAUGUUGCUUACGUUUGAAUUGUCAUGGCUAAUUUGUUUAAAUAUUUAGUACUCAAACUUGUGCAAUCAUAUAUUGUACUUUGUCAAGGACUGUUACCCUCCCACCAUAGUACUCAAAGCAUCUAAGAAACAUGCUGUCUUUACAUUUAUAAACAAUGCAUGCAUGAGUAAUAUAAUGGAUGCAUAGUUAUGUGGAUAAAAACUACAGUCAUUUUUAUAUUUUUGUUUGAAUAAAGUAUAAAGAAGGAAAGGGAGAUCAUAUUUACUACAUUUCAGACAAAUAUCCCUCCUUACAACUGGAUUUUUGUUUUGGUUAUUUUUAGUAGGUAACUAUAAGCUAUUAGCCUCAAAAACUCAGGUGCUGACAUGUCAGGUCAGCUUGGUAGAGUGCAGGGCCACAGGGAAACUUAAGGAGAAAAGGGGACUUAUGAAGUCAUGGAAGGGUGGAAAUGGGGAUUCAGUCUUAAAUAUGUAUUUGGGGCCUCAUUCUGAGGGGCUCAUCCCCAUGGAGCCACCCAAGUCUGUGGAACCAUCAGACUCUAAGCUGCACUCGAGGCUCUAUCAAUACUUUGCCUCCUGAGAAAGAUUUUCAGGUCCGAGUGACAUCAUGCUUUCUCUUAGGAGCUAACCUACCAGGAAACAUUAUUGAAAGAACAGCACAAUUGCAGUUGCCACCCAUCAGCCCCCUGUAGGCACGUGGGUCACUCUUCCCAAAGUUGUAUGUUCUACAGUUGCAAAAUACCUAUAUCAGAUAUUAGCAAACUAAAAUCAAAUGAUUUUUAAUUACAGUGAUAAUUUGAUUAAUGAAGCUUUCAUACAUGACAAAAGGAAACUGUAUA